AUUCGUUUUAAACAAUCGAUCGAAAAAAAAGGGAGUUUGGAAUUAUUUUUAAUUAUAAAAUGUUCUACUUUUUUUUUUUUUCUUCUUCUUCUUUUUUCUGUAUCAUAUUCUUUCCCUUCUUUUUAUUUUAUUUUAAUAUGUUUACUGAACCCUAUCCGAAUGAUAUGAAUUUUUCAUACACCGAAAACAAUAAGAACCAAAAUGUCGGUAGAGCAGUCAUUCAUCAAUACAAAUCAUCUCAUGCAUUACAACAUGUGCCUAUAUCACCCCCCAAUCAAUUACACUCAUUAACUCAUUGUAAGAAAUGCGACGGACGUAUUCAUGAACCUAUCACUUUAACAUGUGGAUUUACUCUAUGCCGAAGAUGUCUACCUACCACACCAUCUCAAUGCCUUUCCUUUUCAUGCCUACGCACCCAUUCCAUAGACGAAAGAGAGCGCACCACCACCCGAUUAUUAGAAGAUAUUCUGUCACGAUUUGAUCCAACCCAAGAUAAAAGCGACUAUCUACCACUUUUCGACUGUUCUAUUUGUUUAUCUACAUUAACGGAACCUAUUACAACGCAAUGUGGACAUACAUUUUGCAAGGAAUGUUUAAUUCGUAGUAUGACAGAUUUACCUUCACGUAACUGUCCUUAUUGUCGAACGCAACUAGAUCGUAUUGGUAAAAUAAACCAACUUGUUUCGGGAUGGUUAAAUUAUUUAAACCAUACCUUAUUGAACGAAUCACCAGAAUCAAUUCCUAUCAUUCAAAUCACGGGAGCAGUUGGCUUUCCAACUCAACAUUGUCUCAUUUGUGAAGAAUUUGAGCUUAGCUAAAAGAUCUUUUGUGUAACUCAAUUGAGUUUAUUAACGAAUUACACAG